UGAAGCAUGCAAGAUAUGAGAAUCACCCCAGACCGUAACAGUCAUUAAUGCUCCAAUACAACAGGUGGCGCUGUGGUCUGGGAACGGUGAAGUCAUUUUCAGGCCAGAGGGAGACCAGAAAGAUGGGGACACGUUUAAAGGUGCUUCGAACAUUUAAAGCUCUACAUCGAACACGGAUGAUUGUGUUUAAAGACGAUGAAAGGGCUUUGGCAGCUGCAAGAUUAAAGAUCAAUGAAGAAUUUAAGAAAAACAAAAAUGACACGUCAGAGGAAAAUAUACAACAGAUGAUCAAGAUGAGCAAUGCUGUUGAGACAAUCCUGCGGGAAAAUGUCUUACAAGCAGAGCAUGUUGGCCAAAAUAAGCUUGUUCUGCGACCCCGAGAGAGUCUUCUUUCAGAAAACGUACCUUACAGUGACACACCUAGAAAAAAAGCAUAACUUGUAUGGAUUCAUAUAUCCCUUCUUCAUUGCUGGAGUAAUAGUUUUCUCCACAAAUCAUUUAAAAACAUACAAAACACAGAAAAUACCUUCCAUGAAUUUUUAAGAACAAGCUUCUGUAGUUUAAAGUAAAAUUAUAAUUUUUAUGAAAAUUGCAUCUGUGAAUUGCAUUCUGUGCUUCAGGCCUCUAAGCAUGACUUAUUGUUACUUUAAAAUAAGAUGUUAAUUACUUUUCAAAUGUAUUUAAAUAUAUGAAAACAUACAAAACUUGCAAAACACAUCAUUGUGUCUUCUUACAAUUCAGUAUGCAACCCAUUUCUGACAAUAUUCAGUAAUGAUUGACAGACCAAAUUAUGCUGAUAUUUAUAUUAUUUGACAAUAUGAAUUUAUAUGCAGAUAGUUCUCUAAUAUAAAAUGGAAAUUUUAUCAUCGUUCACAAAAACAAUCUGUUAGCAAACAUCUGUAAACAUGUUAUGUUUGGAGUACACUUUUUAUUUAACAGAAUAUGUGAAAAUAUAAUGAGUAUAUACUUCAUAGACUGACUGCUUAAUGUUUAUUUGUACAUAUGUAUUGUCUUCUCUUCUUAUAAUAAAUGUGUUGUGUUUGAAAUUUAUGUCUGGUGUAAAAGAGAUUUUCCACUAUCACCAGUGCUCAUGUCUGAAACACUGUUGUCCUCUUCCAUGUGCUAUAUAAAACUGAAACAUG